AUGGAGAGCAGAAAAGACUACAGUCUCAAUUAACAAUACAAGAGAGGAAUUUUAAUUCCUGCAAAAACACUUUAAAGAGCAUUUUUCGUCCUAGAUACCUAAACAGGAGUCAUUCAUAUUUUUAAAUCGUUGAGUUAGGAUAAACCAUCUGAAUCUUUCAGUAUUUCAAACGGAACUUUUCCUGAGAAACUCAGAAUUGUGUCAGACCCAGAAAAUGGAAAGGUUUUCGAUUCAUUUGAAUUUAAAACAGCUCAUAACUUGCAAUUCACUGUACUCUCUGAGGAUCCAUAGAGUGUCCAAGAGUUAAAGGAGGCUUUCUAAGCUUCCUCAAAGAAAGCUCCUAUAAAGAGAUCCAUUGCCUAACAAUUCGGCAAAGGUGUAUAUGGAGCUAUACAGGUACCAUGGAAAUUGACCAAAGUCAUGGUUCUGUCCUUAGAAAAGAUUGGUGACGGUAUUGAAGCUACCCCAGACUUUGUAUUUAAGCAGAAGCAUUUAAAGUAAAAGAGCGAGCCCCCUUCCAACGUUGCUUCAGGUUUAGCAUAUGGGUCCAAGUCAUUGUUGACAAACAUGUUCUCAGCUGUUGCUGGUGUAAUUACAGAGCCAGUUAAAGGAGCCAAACAAGGUGGUAUAAAAGGAGGAGCAAUGGGCUUCGGGAAAGGUAUAUUAGGAUUAGUGUGCAAACCAGUAAAAGGAACUAUUGACUUGGUUACUUAAACUACUAGAGGUAUUAGCAACACUCCUAGAACUAUGUAUGUUGGAUUCAAUAGAAUGGUUAAAAAGGUGCCAGCUAAACAACUUAGAAAUCCUAAUGAACCUGAGGAAGAGAUUAAAAGUGAUGUUCAUAUUGACCCUAUCAAUGAUAUCUUAAUUGGUGAAGAAAAUGGUGAGCACAUCUAUAUCAAUAAAAAUGCCUUGAAAACUUCAAUUCAUAAUUCCCAAGUGCUUAGUACUCUUUUAUAUGAAUCUGAAAAGCAUCUUAAUGCUGGAGACCAGGCAAAGAUGAAGGAAGUAAUUAUGAGAUAAAGAGAUCUCUUAAGAAAGAGAGAAGAAGUAAUUAAAACAGAAGUCGUCAGAAAAGACCAGAUCAAGACUAUUACUGAGGAGCUUCUGAAGCAACUCAAUGAAACCUACAAUCUUGCUAAUAGACAAUAAGAUGAAGAUCAACUAUCUUAAAUCUCAGGAAAGGACUCAGAGACUUCCUCUGUAGCUGAUGAGAGAGAAAUCCAAUAAAAACUUCAACAGAUUCUUACUAUUCUAAAUGCUUAAAAAGGUGAAGAAUAGAUUCAAUAAGAAGCCCUUGAUGAGCAACAAUUAGACCAAUAAAAUUUUAACAAUACUUUAAUCCAAGAUGUUUUCGAUGAAGCAAGCACCGAGGAACUAUAAUUAUUCGUAAUAUAAGCCAAUGAGUUAUAAGAUGAAGCAAUAAAUGAUGAUGAAUAUGAAAGAUUCUUUGAAACAGCCAGAAAGAGUUUACAUCAAGAAGAAGAGGAUAAGAGUAGACCAUAAACUUAUCAGGAAUCUCAGUUUGAUAAUUAAAGAUAGGCUGAACUCAUUGAAAAAGCAAGAAACUUCAGAGGCUAUAGAUCAUACAAGGAUGACUACAGAGCACCAGACGCUGGCUAUUAUGGUGGCUUUGAUCUAAAGGACCCUGAACUAUCUUCAAGACUUAGAAGUGCAGGAAAGGAAAUACUCAAGAGUGUAGGUAAAAAGAUACUUAGUGGAAAAUUCAACUUGACAACUAUCAGUUUCCCUAUUAAAUGCAUGUGCCCAGCGACCAUCCUUGAGGUCAUGGCUACUAUUGCUGGUGUUAAUCCAAUAUUCUUGAAUGCUGCAAGUUUGACCAAUGACCCAAUUGAAAGACUUAUACAUGUAGUUGCAUCAUCCCUUGCAUUUAUCUAUCCCACUCAUUAGUUUGAGAAACCACUCAAUCCUAUACUUGGUGAAACAUAUCAAGCCACAGGAUAAGAUGGUACUAUGGUCUUUAUGGAGCAGACUUCUCACAGACCACCUAUUACAAAUUUCUUAUUUGAAGGUCCAAACGGUCUUUACAAGAUGCAUGGCUGGAACAGCUUUACAGCAAAAGCUUGGUUAAAUUCCUGCACAUUAUACGUUGAUGGUCGUAAGACUGUUGAGUUCCCAGACGGCACAAAGAUUGACUGGAACAACUAAGGAGAUCAGUUGAAUAAUCUUUUCAUGGGAACUCUUUGUCAUUAACUUACUGGUAAAAUUGAGUUCCAUGACAAAAAGAAUAAUCUCUACGCAUACUAUGAUAUGGGAUCAGUCAAGAAGAGAACAUAAGAUUACUUUGCUGGUGAAAUUCAGCAAAAUGGAAAGAAAAUCCUAGACAUCAAGGGUAAUUAUAUGGGUUACUUGGAAAUUGGACCAAUCAGAUAUUUUGAUGUGAGAGAAAUUUCACCCCUUGGUGGACCUUCACUUCCUUCUGAUGCUACCAAGAGAUUGGACUCUGUGACUUUGAAGACUAAAACUGUUGACGAAGCCCAAAAAAUGAAGGAAAAAAUGGAGGAAGACCAAAGGCACGAUAGAAGACUGAGAGAAAACGCUGAGACUAGAAGAGAAAAGGGUGGUAAAAAGUAUGUGUACUGA